UCCAUUUAUUUUUGGCCUGCAACUAAAUCUGAAUCGGAGCUGACAAAGAAGAACCCUCCUUCACUUCGAUUCUCACGGUUCGACUAACAUGUCGGCGCUGUUCAAUUUCCAUUCAUUUCUGACGGUGGUUUUGUUGGUAAUCUGCACAUGCACUUUCUUGAAGAUGCAAUUUCCUACCAUCCUUGAACAAAAAACAGGAUUUCGUGGAUUCUUCUGGAAGGCUGCUAGAAUAGGUGAGCGGUUAAGUCCAUGGGUAGCCGUUGGAUGUUUCACGAUGGGCGUCUCCAUCAUAUUUUUCUAAGUUACAUUUCUCCUAUAUUGGGUGGCAACAAGGGUUGGGUUUAUUUUUUCAUUUUAAGACUUAGAUAAUAGGUUGCUAUUUGUUUUGUAGAAGUUUCUUGUUGACAUUUCCUUUUAAUAGAAAAUAUAUAUACAUCUCUUCUACUUGCUCUU